AAUAAACACAACGUCACAAGAUCCAGAUUUAAACUAGAUUUAGUCUAGUAAAGAGUAAUCGAAAAGAUUUGUUUUGAAAACAAUCUCGACUUGGGAUCAUACAUUGAAUUUAUUUAUCAACUAAAUCUAGAUGUGACAUUAACAUAAAUCUAGGGCUAGCCAUGUCAGAGACACUUGAAGAAUUAGAGGGGGACUGUGAUUUUGUGGAUGAUUUCAAAGAGUGGGAGGUUCUUAAUUCUGCUUCAAAUGUGUCAGAGCAGCAGAAAUCUUUGUCUACUGGUGAAAAAAAACAAAAUGAAAAUGAAAGACAAAAACAAAUCAGCACAGAAGAAAGUAAAUCACAUGAAAACAGCUCCACUGUGAGACUGAAACAUGAUGCUGAGUCAAAAACAUUAUUGAAAGCCAAACUACCAAAUACAGAUAAUCCUAGGAGUAAAGCCUUACCUAGAGAUGAACCCAGAAAACUGGAUAGUUCAAAGAGCAGUGAAAAAGAUUCAACUAAAAAAGUGCAAGCACAUAGUAAAUCUGAAACCAGUACAAAUAUUCUUGACUAUUUUGAAAAAGUGGAAGCAGACAGAUCAAAAUCUGAAGCCAAAACUAACACACAUGUUCCUAAAACUGCCAGCAGCAGUACUAGCUCUCCCCAGAUAGCUGCAGGUAAAAAACAUAAGUUACCAACUAAAGAUCUUGUCGAGGCAAAAGUUAGAAAAACUGAAUUCCAGAGUGAAGUAAAAGGAGCAGAUAUAAAGAGUCCCAAAAUCUCAGCAGCAGAGUCUGAGGAGAAAAAAGAAAAAGACAGUUUACAACAGAAAACUCAGGAGAUCUUUGCAGAAGCUAAUCUCCCAGAAAAAAUGGUUGAAAAGAAAACUGGUGAUACCAGUGUAAAGAAGAUAGUACCAGAGUUGGCAAAAGUGCCAGUGUUGUCAGAGGCUGAAUACCGCAGCCUUGACAAUGAACUGGUAGAAGUGAUGAUGGAUGACUUGAAACAACAGCUGAUCUCUCACCAAGGUGACAAGUAUAUUGUCAGGUUUUCACCUGUAGAGCUUGCAGACUUGGCUGACCCAUCCAUUCAGGGAUUUAUUCAGACUCAACCAAAUUUGACAUUUUAUUUUAAACGCCAAGGAAAGUUUAAGAAGAAAAAAGGAUAUGCUGAAUCUUAUUUUACUCAAUCUAUAGAAGUUCAAGCAUUUCUACAAAAGUUUCUCCAAGUGAAAUUAGUGGAGCCUAAAGUAGAAGUGUCUAUUUCAUAUCUUCAUGGACAGAAGGAGCCUGAAAUUUUGAGUUUCACAGCAUUGUUAGAUAAAAAUGGCUUAUUAUUGAAACUUGUGAAAACUUUUGAAGAUUCAAAGCCCAAAACAGAUUCUAAGGAAAGUUUUGAUGUGAACAAUGUACCAGCUCAGGCCACAACUUUGAUUUUGAAAACUUUGUUCCCUUUCUGCAAGUCAAUAGCAUUGCCCGAUGAACGAAUAGUCUAUAAAAAUCAAAAUUUCAAGGGAGCUACCAAAGUUUUCUAUCCCAGUGAACCUUGGAUAGAGGCAGUACUAGAAUGUUGUGUAGACUUUAAGUACAGAGCUCAACCAUUAGCUGUUGUGUUCAAAUCCAAAGAUGCGAUUGUUAAAAAGGAAGCAAGUUCUGAACCCAAGAUGAACAGUAGUGUUGAUGCCAAAAAAGAAGCUGUUGGUUCCAAUCAAAAUGACAAGGCCAGCAAUGAUGAUAAAAACAUAUUUUCCAGUUUGUCUGGAAAAAAUACGCAUGAUGCAGAUGCUGACAUCUCCAGUAUGACGCUAGAUGUCUGCUCUGGGAUGCUUGAGUCGCUCAACAAGUUAAAAAAACUGGGCACAAACAAUCCUGAUGUACUAAAAAUAUUAGAAAUGCAGACACAAAUCGCCUCCCUUCACCAAUCACUGAGUCAGUCUGUCAAAACAAGCUCAUCUUUAGAUCCAUGGUCAGUAGGACCUUCUGAUACAUUGGACAGCGAUAGCUCUUCUGAUCAGCAAGAAAGACUUUCCAAGAGGAGAAAGAAGAAACAGGAAGAGGAAAAGAGGAUGAUAAAGCAGCUGAAGGAGAUGGAGGACAUCCAGAAGAUGAUAGAUGAGGCUGAUGAGGAGUCUCGACAGAAGGAAGAAAACAUUAAGCGCUUGAGAGAGCAGGACCAGCAGAAGACAAAAUCUGGGGAGGAAAAGAAAUCCAAGCUGAACUGGGCAAGGAAAAUCAUAGAAGAAGCAAAACUAACUGGGGGCUCACCCACAGGGGACAGCUCUAAACAAGAGGCACAGCGAAUGCUUCGUGCAAGAGAGGAAAGGCUGAAAGAAGAAGAGGAAGCCAAAAAGAGGGAAGAACUGAAGAAGUUAAUAUUCCCAGAUGUGAAAACAGAAGAAAUGAAACAGGAAAUACAACAGCCAUUAAAACAAGAGGAAACGACACAAGAAACAUCCAAUCAAGAAGGCACAUCAGAAGAAACAAACAAAAACAGUGAGAAAGUGAAACUAGAAACUUAUCAAGAGAAGUCACAGUCUAGUACUACCUCAGAGAAUUCUACAAAUGAGUGUGUCAUUUACUCUGAGACUGAAUACAAUCAGAUAGUGGCCAAUAACACAGUGUUGCCCUCUCAGUACUUCAUCCAGCUUGGCUACUUUAAUAAUAGGCAAUGUCCUGUCCAAUGCUGCCCAGCAACCAAGUUUUUCAAAACCGCUGCUUCUUUCAUGGACCACUGGGAGAUUUUUCAUAAACCAAACGUAACAAUGAGGUUCUGCCCCAAGUGCUCAGCCUAUUUUAUGAAUAUCUCAGAGUUAGAGAGCCACUUGUCCAAAAGACAUUCCUAUACAGACCUUAAAGUAAUCAACAGAAUUACUCAAGAGGCCAGGGUCAAGGUUGUGUCCAACCCCAGCUUUAGAGAUCCAGGAAGAUUUGUGGGGCCAGUCAUUUAGAUUAUUUGUUUUUUUUUUCCUAAUUGUUAUUUUUAGGAAAGGGGGGGGGAGUUGUUAUUUGUUAAUUUUUUUUAUGAAUGUAUUGAACACUGUCAUGGGUAAUGAUUCUUUACUUUAAAAUGAAUUCUUUAGAUCCUGCAGUCUAAGAGAGUAGGUUAAUAUUUAACAAACAAUUUUUCCUAUCCUUUUCUACAUUUUUAUCCAUGUCUGUAAUGAAAUUAUCAAGGGUUAUUGUUCCUGCUUGAAUUAAAAAUUUUAAACAGGCUAUUGCCCUUUUUCUAACAGCCAAUUAAAUUAAGUUUAAAAUAUAUCAGGCAUGAAGUUUAAUACAAUUGUAAAUAAUUUAUUAUUAGCAAAAUAAAUUGCAUGUGAAAUAAAAAUGAACAAAUGCUACCAAUGCUUCUACAGAUGUAGGCUUGGUUCUGGAGUGAUGAGACUGCUGAGGUAAAAAAAAAAAUUGUGUCUCUGAAAUAUUAUGAAAUUGCUAUAUAUUGACUGUACUGUAAACCAAAAAUAAACUCUUUAUUAUAACUAAUCACUUGGAAUGAACUAAAUGAAAUAAAUCAUACACCAUUUAAUUCAGUGUAAAUAAGUGCAAGUGAUGUGCAAUAAGUAUUUUAUUUUUAAUAACAUUUCUAUCGUUUGUUUGUUUUUAAGCUAUAGAACAGAGGUGGCCAACCUAUGGCGCAUGCGCCAAAAGUGGCGCAUUGCACAAUUACAAGUGUCGCUUUUUUAACCGGAUAAAAAAGUCAAGAAUAAGCAUGCCAGUUUGCAAAAAAAUGAUAAUAACCGAUUUCUACUAAAAAAAAGCUCUACAUUUCUAGCUCUUACAUUGCCCAAAUUGAACUAAAUGUUUAUUAAAAAAAUCAGAGCAAAAAACACAUAACACAUUGAUUUAAUGUAAUAUUUUUAAAAUAUUACAUAUAUACAUGAUCUUUCUUUUUCAUUAGUAUUGGAGAUUUUUAUGUUACCUAUUUAAGCUUUUCAUUAUUAGAAAAAAAAAAAGAUUAUUUCAACAUUUUUAAAGAACUUAUGGGCCUUAAGUCACUCUCUGGAAAAAAACAGAUGGUCAGACAUAUUUGAGGAAACAAAGUCAUGUCUAGCAAAUCAUCAAGUAAAUAAAGUAAACUAAAUUGUAAAUAACUGGUAAAGUUACUGGAACUGUAAUCUUGCUUAAAAGAAUUUUAGAUAGUACUCUUCUGAGAUAUUGCUUUAUACACCAAGAGGCUGUGUGCGACACUUGCAGCAUGUUAUGGAUACCAGUUGUGAGAUGUUUCAAUACAAUUAGGAAAAAGAGGAUAAAACAGAAGAGAAUUUAGAGAAAAUUGUGAUUUGUAAAAUUCUUUUAUUGCGAGUUGAGUUAAACUUCAUGGCAAGGAGAAAGGACACAUUGAUUUCUAGCAUUCUAAAUGAUAUCACUGAUUCAAAAUAAAAUUAAAACUGUUUAUCUUUCAUUAAAAAAAAUAUUUUUGAGUAGAUUACCAAAUUUAAAAGAACAAAGUAUUGAAGAUUAAGUCAGUUCUACAAAAUACACUGAAGAGUGGGUUGAAUGUUUUUGCUAAUGAGGACUACUGCAUGCUUUCAUUUACAAUCAAAUUCUCAGUUACUAAGCGAAAUAUUCUGAAAAUUCCUGACAAACGGAACUAUUAAUCUGAAAACAAAUUUUGUAGUGAACUAGGAAUUAGAUGAAUUUUACUCAACACCAAAUGUCAUAUGAAUGAUAAAAUGUGGUGAUCAUUGUCCUGUUCACAUUUUAUAGAAGUAAAGCAUUUUCAUUCAUGAAAAUAAUCAAAAGCAAACUGAGGUCAUGAAAUUAAUUCUUAAUAUUACAGAUUUGGUGAAAGCAAAGCAAAAUUUUCAAAACUUGCUAAAGCUAGUUAUAUACCAGUGUAUAUAUAUAUAUAUAUAUAUAUAUAUAUAUAUAUAUAUUUCCUGUAUCUGAAAUUUUUUCAAAAUUAUUUAAACUGCUAACAGUGUUCAUAAAUUAUAAGUAGUCUAUAGGUCACACAGAAAUAGUCAAUUAAAAUUAGAAAGGCAGACUAAAAAUGUUAACAAAGACAGACUUCUUAUGUAAAGUUGUUGUUUUUUUUUUCAUUCCCUUUCUCUUCUUUACAUAAAUGUAUAUAAUAAACCAAAUAUAUACAAAUAACCAUAUUUUAAAAGACUGAAACAUGUAAAUUUAAAGUGGCGCAUCUGAAUCAGAUAUGAAAACAAUUGGCGCACGGAAGGAAAAGGUUGGCCACCCCUGCUAUAGAGUGUCAGUGCACUAUGAUGCAGUAUCUUAUAAAGACAAGCAGGGGAAGGGUGGUAUUUUGGAGAAAGUUUUCAUGCCGCCUGAAAUAAGGUUAUUAUUAUCAUUUAUAUGGGUCUUUUCUAGUAUUUUAGAAUAAUAAAAAAAAAUCCUGGGAUUUAAACUCGAUUGUUCCCAUAGUUCUUAUGCUUUAGGUUAAGAACUAAAAAUUUGACUAAUAAUUCCAGUUGAUAUUUCAGUAUUGGUGUUCUUAUCUAUCUUCUAAACUAUAGACAGUACUUCAAAAAAGAUGAUGAUUACGUCCUACAUGUGUCUCUAGGUCAAUCUUAUCAUGCAUAUUAAUCAAUGACUUAAACUCUGCCAAGUCACUGGUUCUCUUGACUGACCAGGAACCUAUUCCAUGCUUUAAUAGCACUAGGUAAGAAGCAGUAUUUGUACAAAUUAGUCUUAGCAUAUGGAACAAGGAAGGUGCCUUUAUCUUUCUGAGCAUCUUUAGGUUGUGUUUUUUUUUUUUGAAAAUUAUGUCUCAGUGUUUUAUGUAUAAUUGCUACCAAGGCCAGCGCUAACAAUUGCAGGGUCCUAUGUGAAACGGUUUGUGCAGGGCCCUGUCUGGGUAGGGAUAAGCAAAAUGUCAAAAUUAAGAUUUUGUAUUUGAAAAUACAUUCAUCUUUGCAAUAAAUUUUUAUUAAAUGAAAGCUGACAAUGCUUUUUUUUUAUCGCUCAUAGAUUUGCACCCCAAAGUGACAAUUUUGUCUAUUUUUCAGGAAAUUUUUAUGACUUUUCAGGAGAUUUUAAUAAUUUUAGGAGAUUUCCAGGACUUUUUCGUAUAUUUUGCAAUUACAGGAGAUUUCCAGGAGGCCCUGGAAAAUCAGGAGGCUGCUUAGACCCUAUUUUUAUAUAUAAGUUGUAAUGGUUUAAUUUAUUAAUUAAGUCGGCCCUGACUGCUACUUUACUUUAAGUCUUCUAUCCUGAAGGGUCUCUAAAUUUAUUAUUUUACUAAAGGUGUUACUCUAAUCAAAUGUGAAUAUUUGUUUUUUAUGAAUCUCACUGCUCUAUUUUGUGUCUGUUCUAGUUUCUUAAUAUUUUCUUGUUAAUUAAUUUUUAAACUAGAAAAUUGUUGCUUCGCAGAUAUAUUUCACAAAAAAAAAAAAAACUAAGCUCUAAGUGUAAUAUGUAACGUUUUUGUAUUUAUUUUUCUGGUGGAUAAAUUAUUUAGCCUAAUGAAAUAUUGAACACAUAGAAUUAUAAAUUCCUUUUUAAAAAAAUUACUUUGAAACAACAUAAAUAACAAAAUGAGAUUCAAGGGAUCCAGAUUCUUAAAAUGUUGAUUUUAUCACUGCAUGAGCAGUUUAUUAAAUAAAGAUUUUAACUUUUAAAAUUCUUAAUUGGCAUGUAAUACUAUUUUAUGAGGCUCUGUGAGCGGUAAAGCACUUGGCUUCUGAACCGGGGGUCCCAGGUUCAAAUCUUGGUGAAGACUGGGAUUUUUUAAUUUCGGCAUCCUUUUGCGCCUAUGAGUCCACCCAGUUCUAAUGGGUACCUGACAUUAGUCAGGGAAAAGAAAAGAUGGUUGUCGUUGUGCUGGCCAUAUGACACCCUCGUUAAAUGUGAGACACAGAAACAUAUGACCUUUACAUCAUCUGCCCCAUACAUCUCAAGGUCUGAAAGGGGGAACUUUACUUACAUGCACAAUGCAACUUUCCAGAAUUUUUUUGUUUUGCCUUCCCAUUAUCACUAACAUCACAUCCUAGACGAAGUCAGUUUCUAGAUGAGUUCUACUAGUUGUUACAUCUUUCUGUUUUAUCUUCAGUCCAGACAUCUGUUUUACCUCAGACAUUCUAUUCUAACUAGUUGGAGUAAGAAUCCGGGUGAAGUUAAACACACACACACAAAAACUAUGUUUCUUAUGGUUGGUACUACCCUGUAUACUAUACCAUGUCCAACUAUCAACAGUGUUCAAACCUUUCCUGUUUUAAAGGUGGAAAUAUCUAGUUGUUUUAGUGGGUUUUGUUUUUUUUUUGGUUGUUUUUUCGCAAUUCUUUUUUUUUUUUUUUUUUACAAAGCUUAUAUCAAUUUACUCUGUUGUUACAAAUUUAGUUCAUGUUAUUUCUCCCACCUCCCAUUCUCGGAUCAAGUUGAAUGUUUGCACAAUUAUGCAUUGUUGAAGACAAUACAUGAAUCAAUGAAAAUAAAUAGUCAAUUAAUUA